AUGCACGGUGAAGUAAGUGAAAGACUAAAAGAAUUGCGCCAAAUUGCGCAAAAAGAAGCAAAUAAUUCAGAUUCAUGUAACAAUGAAACCGUACAAAUACAGGGUGGAGGUGAAUUACAUUAUGUAAACACCAAAAACACACGCGCGUAUUAUUUGAAUCAUGAGGAAUCAUGGUUAUAUCUUGAACGUGAAAAUGACGGUACAUCAGGAACGCUAUUUAUUGUACGACGACUUCCAGAUGGACGCCUGGUUACAAAACGUAUGCAAAACUAA